AUGUCUGACCAGGAAGCUGCCAACAUCAAACUCAUGCGUGUCCAGAUAUCAGACAAUCUAGAGUACCUGAAGGGUAAUGGUCCUUUCAAAAUCUUGACCACCUAUGAGUACGAAGAAGACAAAUACCAAGUCAUCGUUCUCGACAAGGACUCUAAAGUGAUAAAGAUUGACCCCCAACAGAGAGGUUACGAAACUGUGACGCAGGCUUUGCAAGAUGUGCUUCGACGUACCAAUUUGCAGGCGGAAGGGGAAGUUGACAUGGAGCAGGAUGAGAAGAUGCGUUCUAGAGAUCCUCCGUCAGAUGAAGGUGGCAGGCCUCAUGAGGCAUCAUUUCCUGGAGUGACUCCUGGUGGUCUGUUUGAUACAAAGUCACCUGGCCAUUUCGGUUUUGAGAUCAACUCCCAUGGCCAGAGACCGCCUCAUACUCCACUUCCUGGAUCAAUGCCUUCUGGUGGCAUGUUCAGUGCCACAUCCAGCCGAGGAUUGUUUGGAAACAGUACAAACACACAAGGUCAGCAUACAUGUGGCACAGCUGGCCAAGGUCUGUUUGCGUUUGGAACCAACAACAACGUACAAGGCCAGCCUACCCCAUGCCUGCUUGGAAAUAUGCAUCCGCAAGGUCAGCCUAUAGAAGGUAUGUGCGGGACCAACAUGAAUACACAGGGCUGGUCUACUGGACCUUGUCAGAUUCCUUCGACAGGUACCCCUGGUGACUAUUGCACUAACCGAGCAGCUGGUGGGCUCUCCGGGCAUUGCUCAUCUGGUCAAGGCUUGUUUGGAGGCAGUGGGAACGCGAGUGGGCCUUCUGGAGCUUAUAACCCGCAUCUCCAUGUCCCAGGUCUGUCUGUCUCUCACGGUCUGUUUUCACACCCACAAGGUUGCAAAACUACCUUUACAGUGAACCUGAACGGUCUGACUGUCUCUGUUUUCAGCACAACAACUGCCAGUUCGAAGACCACUAUACGUGCUGGAUCGAACGACCAGAACAGCAAUACUGUAAACAAUCAAUUCACCAAUGUUCAUCGAUUCAGACCUGGACAUAGAGGGCUGUGGUCAAGCUCAUCUUCUCCAGCUACUACUCAUGCCCAUGUUGCGAAAGAUUCGCUUUUCGAGGCUUCUGCACCUCGUGGUGGGCUAUUUGUAACCCAGCCUGGCAGAACUACUGUAGCCACUGGUGCGCUGUUUGGACCUUCUACCCGGGACAAGCCUCCACGUCUCUUCGAGGAUAUUCCUAUCUUCCCAGCUACACCAGGCCCUGCGACCACACCUAGAGAUCGUAAAGUACUUCGUGGUGGUCUCUUCGGAGCACAGCCUGAUACUUCGACCAGUGUCCCUGCACAGGAAAAAUCUAGCGCUGGUCUCUUUGGUCAGUACACUGCUGUGCCUGGCGCGUUCACAGAUUCACCUGCUCCCGAAGGUUACAAGCCUUCCCUCUUCAGUGGCCCUAGCCCUGAUAUUGAAGCUACUGCAGACCCCAAGACUCCAGAACCCGAGGCAAUCGGACCUCGCAUUGACGCUCGUGGAAUAUCGUUAUUCGGAUCUGGAUCUGCGAAUACCACAUUCAAUGAUACUAGACUAGGCAAACCUUCUGAGUCCGAGAGUAAACCUGCAGAUUUUUACAAGAGAGCUCAUUUCGCUGCGACAGUGGAAGAUGCGAGUUCUCUUUCGGAGACCGAGAAGAGCAACGACAGCGGAAACAAAAAGUCGAAGGGCAAAGCUGUAAGCAAGCCUCGCUCGACAGAACCCGUUACCACCAAGAAGAGAGUAAGCCCAGAACCAACCACUCCUGCCUCCGCUCCUGCUGCUAAGAAAGAAGCAGCAUCGAGCGGAGGUACUCUCAUGGGUUCUCGAUGGGCUGAGGUCGCUAAACACGCUGGCCGUAUUUCUACUGUCACUGAAGCUGAUGGCAAAUCUUCUGGCGGAGUUCCUGAACUUUCUCGUGUUGGUGCCGUCAUGAGAGCUGCAGCAGAACAAUCGGCAAGUGUUCCAGAUGAUCCAAGAUCUAUGUUUGCUUCAAAGGCUGCAUCUUCUGGAGUCAGCAUACCUGAGUCAAUUGCUACGCAGCGGUCUCCUGCUCCAGCUUCUUUGUUUGGUUCUACGCCAGGUUCCACAUUUGCUCCAGCUCCAGCACCCGCACCUGGACCCACUGCUGCCGGUUCUGCACAAGCUCCGAGCUCGUUCGCUCCAAGUCCAUUUGCACCAGGCUCAGUUGCUCCCCGUCUAUCCGCUCCAGGCGCGCCUUCCUCUGGUGAACCUUCAGUAAGUCCCAUUGUUGUACCGGUGAAUGAGCCUGUGAAAGAGUCUGCAGAGAGGUCUCUAAAAGAGCCUGUGAAAGAAGCUGCGAAGGAGUCCGCUGCGGCUGAGAAGAAGAAAGUCAAGACAGGAGGUCUCUUUGACUCGAAGUAUGCGUCUUGA